AUGGUCGCCCAGACGACCAAUUUGGAGCCCUACAUCCCAGGAGACGAGACACAGCAGCUGAGCACACAGGACGAGGUCGAGGAAUUCCCCUUGAGGGAGGAGAGGCCCGACCAGGUCAUCCGCAUCGGGGCAUUGCUGCCAGCCGAGGAGAAGGAAGGCUUGAAGGCCUUGUUGAGAGAGUACUCCCAGGUCUUCGCAUUGACGGUGGAGGACAUGCCCGGGAUUCCAACAGGCCUGGCAGUCCACCACCUCGACGUGGAUCCUCACUUCAAGCCGGUGAAGCAGAAGAAAAGGAGUUUCGCCCCCGAGAGAAAUGAGGUGAUCAAGGCGGAGGUAGGCAAGUUGCUGGAAUCCAAGAUCAUCCUGGAGGUCUACUACCCGACCUGGCUGGCCAAUCCCGUCCUAGUCAAAAAGGAGAACCAGACCUGGAGGAUGUGCGUAGACUUCACGGACCUUAACAAAGCCUGCCCGAAGGACUGCUUUCCCCUGCCUAGAAUCGACAGGUUAGUAGACUCUACUGUGGGUUUUGACGUUUUAUGCUUCCUGGAUGUCUUUAAGGGAUAUCACCAGAUAGAAAUGGCUGAGGAGAACCGGGACAAGACCUCCUUCAUCACCGAGGAGGAAACCUACUGCUACAGGACCAUGCCGUUCGGGUUGAAGAACGCGGGAGCUACUUACCAGCGCCUGGUCAACAAGUUAUUCCAAAACCAGAUCGGCAGAAGCAUGGAGGUCUAUGUUGACGACAUGAUCGUCAAAAGUCGAACUGAUCAGCGGCUCAUACCCGACCUGUGGGAGAUCUUGGACAUCCUACUGGAGAGCCGGAUGGGCCUAAAUCCGAAGAAGUGCACCUUUGGGGUCAGAUCGGGAAGAUUUCUCGGUUUCCUGGUGUCCCGAGACGAAAUCCGGACCAACCCGGAUAAGUUCCAGGCCAUCAUGGACAUGGCCCCUCCAAGGAACGUGAAGGAAGUCCAGCGGCUCACAGGGAGAAUGGCCGCCCUGAGUAGGUUCCUCUCGCGCUCCGCGUCAGUGCGGUCUUGGUGCGAGAAGACAUGGGGGCUCAGAGACCGGUGUACUACGUCAGCCGAGCUUUACAAGGGGCCGGAGACGCGAUACACCCCGGCCGAGAAGCUGGUUCUUGCCUUGGUGCAUGCUGCUCGCAAGCUCCGGCCUUACUUCCAAGCUCACAGCAUCGUAGUCCUGAUCGACCAGCCCUUGCGCCAGAUACUCACCAAGCCCGAGGUCUCGAGCAGGAUGACCAAGUGGGCCGUCGAGCUAGCCGAGCAUGACCUCAGUUAUCGGCCUCGUACCGCGAUCAAGGCUCAGGCCUUGGCGGACUUCCUUGCCGAGGGGGCUAGCUUGACCCCGACCGAGCUAGUCCCCACACCCACGGACACCCCGACGGAGGAGCCGUGGGUGUUGUUCGUGGACGGCGCCUCGAGCAAGGAGGGCAGCGGAGCUGGCCUGCUGCUCAUCUCGCCCACGGGGGAAGAACUGACCUAUGCGCUUAGGUUCGACUUCCCUGCGUCCAACAACGAGGCGGAGUACGAGACCCUGUUGACGGGGUUGCGGAUAGCCCACCAGAUGGGCAUCACCGCGAUCCGGGUUCGAAGCGACUCUCAGUUCGUCGUCCUCCAGAUCCGUGGGGAGUAUGAGGCCAAGGACGAGAUAAUGAAGAAAUACCUGGCUAAGGUACGAGAGGCGGUAGCCCUGUUCGAGACUUUUGAGAUCGAGCAGGUACCAAGGUCCCAAAACAAGCGCGCGGACGCCUUGUCCAAGCUGGCGUCCUCCUCGUUCGCCCACCUGAGCAAGGAGGUCUUGGUAGAGGUGGUGAAGCAGAAAAGUAUCGACCAGGUCCAGGUCCUGGCGAUAGACAGCUCGGCCACUUGGAUGGCUCCCCUCGUUGACUUCCUCAGCUCGGGUGCCCUCCCUGAGAACAAAACCGAGGCUCGAUGA